AUGCCUCGAAAAGAAGUUUCACCAACAGAUCUUUUGGUUGAUAACCUCAUUGAAGAUGUAACUGAGAGAGAGAGCCUUCUUGCGAAGCCCACUUGCUUUAUCAUAAUUGGAAGACCGGGUGUUGGUAAAUCCACCUUGGCCAAAAAGCUGGCGGAGUCCUGGAAGUGUAUCUUAAUUGAUGACACAGAUCUUCUUGAUACACACUUAAAAAAUAAAACACAGCAGGGCCUUGAACUAUUGGAUAUCUUGUCUGAAGGUAGACGUUUACCAGAAGACCUAAUUUUCCAGCUUAUCCUUGCCAGGCUUAACUCCCCAGAUGUGGAGCAUUAUGGUUAUGUUCUUAGCUGCCUGCCGUUCAUAUCAGAGGAGCGUAUGAGCAUUACUGAGCAGAUUGAGCUGAUCAAAAACCUCAAACUUUCACCUGAUUUCAUCAUCAACAUCAAGUGUCCAGAUAAGGACCUGGUUGUCAGGUUGUCAGGUCUGAAGCAGCACCCAGAGACGGGACAGCUCUACGACAGGGAACAGUGGCAGCUUGAGGAGGUCAUUAACUUGAGAACAGAGAACAAGGAUGAUGAAGAAGAGGAGGUGGAGGAAGAGGAGGAGGAGGAGCAGGGUGGGAAAGAGGAACUCCAAAAGGAUAUUAUCGACCAGCUUGUGUGGGCACCAGAAAAUCUGCCAGGAAAUGCCUUUCCCCGUAUGAAGAUGUAUAUGGACAGAAUGCUCAAACCACUGGAGGACUACAUCACAAACCACAACCCUCUCUACCUGUUGGAGUUGGACGGAAAUAUGUCACCUGACGAGUUGCAUUUGUCUGUGAUGUCUCGUCUUGAAUCCAUGGCAAUAAAGCACGUCCCUGUUCCAGUCCUGUUGCACCAGAGUGAAGAAGAGGAAAUACCAGAGUACAUUGACACGGAGGACCUGCUAAGACUUAAGUGUUCCUCGAGGAUAGUAGCCCCUGGCUUCAGAUGGAGAAGGAGCCGCUGGGGCCGAACCUGCCCUGUUGCUCUGAAGGAGGGCAAACUCAUUCUUGGACAGGCUGAAUUCUGUGUGGGCUUCCUGGACAAACUGUACUUACUGUCAUCUCAGGAGGCCUACCAGAAGUUUGUCACAAACCCCCGACAAUACCUACUUCCUCCAAUGCCCAGGCCUCCAUGCAGAGUUUGCAUAAUUGGGCAUCCACAGGCAGGAAAGAGCACUCUAUGUAAGCUUUUAGCUCAGCAUUACAACGCAGUUGUACUUGAUAUGGAGGAAUUGGUGCGGCCAGUUCUUGAGAAGAUUGAGCAGGAAAGGUUUGACCAAAUCAAGGAGGAGACAACAAAGGUUGCUAUUCAGAAAAUCAAGAUGAAGAUGCAGGAAGAGGCGGGGGAGAAUUCAGUCACAGAGGAUCACCCAGAGGUACAAUUAAUCGUGCUUACUGCGCUCGAAGAAGCCAAGCAUGUGACCACAAAUCCUAAUGACUUGUAUACAGAGGUACUGAAGAAGUAUAUAAAAGAGAUUGAGGAGGUGGAUUCUGAUGCAAAAUUUAAGACUGGCUGGGUGCUGGACAACUUUCCGCAGAACUAUUCCCAGCUGAAUGACUUACAGCAAGCUGAAAUCCUGCCUGACACCCUCAUCUAUCUCAGAGACACUGAUGGAGAUCAUGUUUUGAAGAGGUUGUAUGAGAAGAACAAGGAGAGCAUGGAUGAGUCUGUGAGGAAGAGGUUGGAGGUCAAACAAAAUCAGAAGGAAGAACAGGAUUUUAGACAGAUGGAACAAGAAUCAGAGGGAGAGGCCAAGCCUGAAGAAAUGCAAACAAAUCUGGAGACAGUAAUGGAGGAGAUGGAAGAUGUGGCACAGCCUGGUCUUUGGGAGCCAGGUUAUCCAGAUGACCCAGAGAUGAACGACUAUAAACUUCAACUGAAGCAGUUUGUGUCUGAAUGGGAGCAAAUGAAGUCCAUUUUAACUACUGAUUACACAGUCCUGGAGAUUGGUGACAAAAGCCCAGAGGACCUGCUUCAAGAGGUGGUCCUUCAUAUGGAGAAACCCUUUCAGUAUGUGCCCUGGGAGCUGUCAGAGAUGGAUCUGGAUGAAGAUGCAGAGGAUAUCGAAGCCUUAGCUGAGCUGGAGAGAGCCGAGGAAGGCAGCAAUAAAAAUUUUGAAGCACAGGAGGAGGAUGAAGUCAGUACAUAAGGAACCAAGAAAGUAUUCGGCGACACCUAUCAUUUCUGCCCUGUUGUCCUGAAAAACCUUAACGUCCUGUGGCCUUGUACAGAUGAAAUUGCAGCCAAGUACCGUGAGAAAACUUUCUACUUCUCCAGCCCAGAAGCAAGAGACUCUUUCCUGCAAAACCCUACACAGUUUGUUGCAAGGAGUGAGCCUCUUAAGCCUCCUCCCCUUAGGAUAUUUCUGCUUGGCGCCCGAGGGUCAGGCAAGACCACUCAAGGCGAGUGGUUGGCCAAGCAGCUUGGCUUGUUCCAUGUUCAAUUUAGAGAGCUCCUCCAAAUGCUCAUAAUAGCCAAGACGAAGACAAGGAUACCUUAUGCUGAUGAGGUGGACUCUGGAGAAGGAUCUGCUGAGGAUUUGGAGGCUCUGAUCAGGGAAGCCAUGGGGGAGACAGAGAUGGAGGAUACCACAGAUGGCUUAAAAGACAUAGAGGAAGCAGAGUUGACUUAUGAGGAAAAAGCCAUAAAAGCCUACUUGUCUGAUGGAGAUCCUCUGCCUCCAGAGAUUCUGGAUAACGUUGUUGAGCCGUUCUGGGAACAGGAGCCGUACAGUUCAACAGGUUUUAUUUUAGAGGGCUUCCCUCACAAUGCAGACGAGGUGCAGUACAUGCAGCAGCAGCAGCUUUUCCCUGAUGUUUUUAUAGUCAUGGUGGUUGAGGACUUGGAUGUUAAGAAGCGUCUGUUGCCGACGUACAUGGAGAAAUGGCGUGAAAGCCGCCGCAAGCAAGAGGCACAGCUUAACUUUCUACGUGAGCUACGUGCAAAGAAUAGAGAGGAAAAGAUUUCUCUCAGAAGAGCUGAACUCAUGGAAGAGUUAGGUGGUACUGCAGAAAAAAGCAAGUCUGGGCAUCGCAGCAAUGAAGAAGAUGAGGAGGAGAAUGAGGCUGCAGGUAACAUAGAGGAUGAGAUAGAGGCAAUGCUGGAGGAUGAGUUUCCUUUAGAAGAAGAUACAGAAGAUACAGAGAGUGAGACUGAAAACGCAGCAUCUGAGAGGCUGGAGAUGGAGAUUGAAGAGCGUUUUCUGGCAGAUGAAAAAGCCCUCUUUAAUGUGACGAAGCUCCUGAGUGAACAAAACAUACCCAAAGUGACAGUCGAUGCUUCACACAAAAUUAGAAUCGUGCAGCAUCAGCUGCUCCAGAAAGCCCAGCCCCUGCUGACCAACAGGGAGUCACUCUUCCAAAAAUGCCAACCCAUCUCCUCCAGCCUGGCUCAAAAGCUGCUGCUCUCCUCCUACAAACUCCACAGUGCCUUCGGCUGCUGGGACCCUGUCAAUCAAUUUAAAAAGCCAGACGUGAUCCAGCCUCUGCAGUGGCCACUCAAUACAACAUAUCCCCUAAUCUUCCAUCAGUUUAUCUACUUCUUUGCAUCUAAGGAAAACCGUGAGAUAUUCAUGCUGAACCCUUUGAAAUACCUCAGGCAACCAAAGCCCUUGGCAUGUCUUCCUGUUAAAAUAGCUGUUCUUGGACCACCCAAAUCUGGGAAAACCACUGUGGCUCAGAUGUUUGCUAAGAUAUAUGGUUUGGCCCGGCUGUCCAUCGGUGGUGUUAUGCGUAUGGUGCUCGACACUCAGGAGCAAACUGAUCUCGCUGUUCAGAUGAAAAAGUAUCUCUCCCAGGGACUUGUUGUGCCAGAUGAACUUGCCAUUCAGUGUCUGGAGGUGGCACUCAUGAGCUCUGUCUGCAGCACUAAAGGGUAUGUGUUGGAUGGCUUUCCAAGGACAUUAAAGCAGGCAGAGCUGAUGAAAUCUAAGAGUAUCAUUCCCAUGGUAGCAGUUGAGCUGGAGCUGGAUACAGUGGAGAUUCUAAAGAGAGGCCUCAUCGACAAAAAGAAGCCCAAGCCUCAUCUUAUUCAUGACAGCGCUGAGAUCCUCCAUGUUCAUAACUCUUGUUACAAGAAAGAGAUAAAACAUGUGAGGCAACACUUCCAGCAACAAUAUCAGAACUGGAUCCUGCUGGACGGCCAAAGGAGCAAGUGGUGGAUCUGGGACAACAUCUUAAAGGAGAUUAGCUUUAGCAUGAGAUGUAUCCACAGUUUCCUUGAGAGGAUACAAAGUGAGCAAGCAGCCUGCCUCAACAGACUAUGCAUCACGCCUGAGGAAUUGCAGAAGCGGCUUGGAGAGUUUGGCCAGUAUUGCCCUGUCUGCCUGGCUCUACACCAACACCUGGUGGACUGUUCUGAAGUUACAGCCUUAACCCAUGCAGCUCAGUAUAGGGAACACUACUACAGGAUGUGUGGUGAAGACCAUUUAGAGAGGUUCCUGACCUGUCCAGAUCAGUUUGUGGCUCCUGGCUGCCCACACACUCUUCCACAACCCAGUCUGCUGCCACAAAAGCUAACUGAGACUCAGGUGAAAAACAAAUUUCCUCAACAAAUCGAGAUGAAGGGCUUCUGCCCAGUCACUUACCUGGAUGGAAAGCAAAGGUAUGAAGCCCUGGUUCGGGGUAAGAUGGAGUUUGCUGUGGAAUACAAGGAACGGAUCUACAUUUUUGAAACAGAGCAGAAACAGGACAAAUUUUUAAGGACUCCUGAAACCUACUGGGACCAGAAGCUGCCAAGCAAAGUUCCUCCUCUUUGUGAGCCUGUACCCCUCACCUCUCUUCCCACACUGGGUUACUUGGAGCAGGGUGUGGCAGUUGCAGUCAUCAAGGCCAUGACAGCUGUUGGGUGUCUCAAACCAAAACAUCCUUUUUUCAGUAUUCAAAGAUCAGCCCUCCAAUAUGUGGCCUUCUAUCUGAAAGCUUUCAACCAUAAGAGCAGAGACUGCAGUCGCCAGGAGUUCAAAAAGAAGCUGGCGUUGUUUGAGGAAAACUGUGCACUCAUCCCUUACCUAACCUCAACAAUGAGGGAGAACUACAAGCCUCCCAGUGAUCGUCCCAUUGACUUCGAAUUCAAACUCAACCGGUUUCUGGCCUUGGGCAACUUGCCAGGGCACAACAGUGGGCUUUAACUGUUUCACAUUUUUGACAAUCACUAUUUUGUUUGGUGAGUCAUGAAUAAACUGGUGGUAUUUUUUAUGUAAUAAAAAAGCAUUUCUGAGCUGAUUUUUGUAUGACAUCUGACAAUAUUAAUCAGCUGACUUGGCCUACAUAGGUGCUGAAUGAUUUUGAAAAUUUGAGAAUGGGAAAAAAAACAAAAUGCGUAACCUUGUUGUAUGUUCCGUUUUUUUGUCAUAUGUGUGAAACUUAUGCUGCUGUCUUGGCCAGGACUCACUUGUAAAGAGAAUUUUUGUUUCUCAAUGGGAAUACUCCUGAUCAAAUAAAGGUUAAAUAAAAUGAGGGCAUAUUUAAAACCAUAAAAUCUCAAAAGAUUACAACAGCCUAUACUGAAUACUGAAAAAUUUUCCAAAUGCUAGAUUGGUUUAUACUUGCUAGAUAUCAUUUUCAUGGCUGCAUUCAUACAAACAACAUCCUUUUCAGUCAGAGGAUCUAAGGGUUGCUUUGUUUAGUUUCCUUUGAAAUACAGUAUUUAUAGAGUAAGCACAGAGGAAAGAUACAGAAGUAGAUAAAUCUACUUCCAAUCGACUUUUUUCCCCACAUUUUCAGGUCUUUAGUCCAUUUUAAACAGAAUUGGCUGUAAUAAUUAGGUUACAUGGCAGGAGUGAUGAGAGG